AUGGACGGCCCCCCUCCCACCAUGACGCCCGACCCGUCCUUUGACCGGUUCGACGGCAACGUCACCUUCUUCCUCGCCGACCGCAACACGACCGCGUCGGUGCCCAUGGCCGCGCUCAACGCCUUCAACGACGAGACCAUCAGCGUCACCAUGAACUACGGCGCCCAGCUCGGCGCCUGCGUCGUCAUGUUCCUCGUCGUCCUCGUCCUCACCCCGUCCGCCAAGCUCGUCCGCGCCUCGGCCGUCCUGCACCUCACCGGCCUGCUGCUCUGCGCCGUACGCACCGGCCUGCUCUUCAGCUACUACGUCGCGCCCUUCAGCCACUUCUACCAGGUCUGGGGCGGCGACUUCUCGCAGGUCCCGCACUACUACUACAGCGUCAGCCUCGCGGCCAACACGCUCGCCCUGCCGCUCGUCGUCGUCAUGCAGGCCGCGCUCAUGAACCAGGCCUGGACCAUGGUCGCGUUCUGGCCCCGCGCGGCAAAGUACGUUGCCUGCGCGCUGUCGGCCGUCAUCGUGCUCCUGACGGUUGGCACGCGCCUGGCCUUUACCAUUGUCCAGAACCGCGCCAUCGUCACGGCCGUCCCGCCCGAGUUCUUCUUCUGGGGUAUCCACUGGACCCUCAUCAUGGGCGCCAUCUCCAUCUUUUGGUUCUGCGCCGUCUUCAACGUCAAGCUCGUCAGCCACCUCGUCACCAACCGCGGCAUCCUCCCCUCCACCACCCUCGUCAACCCCAUGGAAGUCCUCAUCAUGACCAAUGGUUUUCUCAUGAUCAUACCCUCCAUUUUCGCCGGGUUGGAGUGGGCCAAGUUUACAAACUUUGAAUCCGGCUCCCUCACGCUCACCUCAGUCAUCCUUAUCCUGCCGCUCGGCACCCUCACCGCGCAGCGCAUCUCCAGUCAAGGUUCCCAGAGCUACAUGGCUGGUGAAAAGUUUCGCAAGCAACAACCACAGACGCGCAGCGCCUUCGGCGCCGCCUCCUCCCACCAGGCAAACCACACCAAGCCCGCAAGCGUCACCUUCUCAAGCAACGGGACAACAGUCACACCCCAGAUCUCCGCAGGAUCUAGGCCAGAAGUGUCGCUCAUGGAUCGUCCGGAGCGCAUGGACCCGAUUGACCUCGAGCUUAGCAGAAUCGAUGCCUGCCGUGAGUCCUUUGAGCUUUCGCAGGGGGCAGAGCAACGAAGAAGAAUGCAAAGAGACGACUUUGUAUAA